ACCUUUGUCGCCAACCUCGUCGGCUGGCUUUGGGCCGACUAGCCCGAUGUCAAGAUCGAGGAGCUCUAGUCAUAGUGGGGUUAUGGAUCGGGAGGGAGAUGUCAACGUACAAGAGGCAAUUCGGCUUCACGAGGCUGGCGAAUUAGAAAAGUCAACGGAGAUGUUCCGCCGAUUGGCAGAGCCUACGGGUGCCAAUAAUGCACUCAGCCAGGUGCUUUAUGGCCUUGCCCUUAGACACGGCUGGGGCUGUCCCCAAGAUCCCGAUAAAGCGGUGACAUAUCUCUCGGCGGCAGCAUCCAACUCCGCUUCGAUCGAGUCCCAAGCCCUGCAGGCGGGGAUCAAAAAAGGCGGUGCAGCCAAAGGAGAACUGGUGCUUGCGAUCUUCGAGCUGGGCAACUGCUUCCGCAACGGCUGGGGUGUCCAAAAAGACCCUGCGGCCGCGCGGCAGUACUUUGAGACGGCCGCCAAUUUGGGCGACACAGAUGCCAUGAAUGAAACCGCAUGGUGCUACCUUGAGGGAUUUGGGGGCAAAAAGGAUAAGUACGCGGCCGCCAAAUACUACCGACUGGCCGAAGAAAAAGGCAACAACUUAGUCGGAAAUUCCUGGUGAGUGCCAACAAAUCCGCAGAUCUUUAUUCUUUUAUUGUCUCCCCAUUUUACCUUUGGUCCUGCAUAUCCCCUAAGCGUGAUGAGCUCAACGCUCCAUAUGGAACCCAUGAUCUGCACCUCUCCUCUCCAUCACCUGCAGAUAUCAUGUCUGGGAAGCAGCGCCCACGGUUGAAUUGAUAGGCGGACAGACGAUGUCUGCGAACUGCGCCAUGCACCGCGCCAUCACGCCCUCCACCAACCACAUCCCAUCUUCCUCCUCCACUCCUCCCAUCCCACGCUAUCGCGACUGCGACCAUCUUAGGCUGACAUGACGUUCGGUUACUCCGUUACAGGAUCUGGAAGGACAAAUACAAUCCCAAAUGAGAUCAUUGUAGCGAUCCUGGGAGAGGACUCACAGCCUGGUCGACGUCUCAUAUCACCUCGGAGUCCAUUCAACAUUCCUAAGCAUUGGCCGACC